AUGGUGUGGGAAAACCAGACCUUCAACUCCAUCUUCAUCCUGCUGGGAAUCUUCAAUCACAGCCCCACCCAUACCUUCCUUUUUUCUCUGGUCCUGGGCAUCUUCUCAUUGGCCUUCAUGGAAAAUAUUGCCAUGGUUCUCCUCGUCUACAUAGACAAACAGCUCCACACCCCCAUGUACUUCCUCCUCAGUCAACUGUCCCUCAUGGACCUCAUGCUCAUCUGCACCACUCUACCCAAGAUGGUCUUCAGCUACUUGUCUGGGAAGAAAUCUAUCUCUCUGGCAGGUUGUGGAACUCAGAUAUUCUUCUAUGUGUCCCUGCUUGGAGCUGAAUGUUUCUUGUUGGCUGUCAUGGCUUAUGACCGCUAUGUGGCUAUAUGUCACCCUCUUCGGUACACCAUCCUCAUGAAUCCAAAACUCUGUGUCUUCAUGACUGUUGCUUCCUGGACCUUGGGGUCUCUUGAUGGGAUUAUAGUGCUUGCAGCUGUCCUGUCAUUUUCUUACUGUGGCUCUCUGGAAAUUCAUCACUUUUUCUGUGAUGUUGCUGCCCUUUUACCUCUAUCCUGCAUAGAAACAUCUGCAUUUGAAAGACUACUUUUCAUUUGUUGUGUGGUAAUGCUAAUCCUUCCAGUUUCAGUUAUCAUACUUUCCUAUUCCCGUGUCCUUCGAACCGUCAUCCACAUGGGCUCUGGGGAAAGUCGCCGCAAGGCCUUCACUACCUGCUCCUCCCACCUGUCUGUGGUUGGACUCUACUACGGUGCUGCUAUGUUCAUGUACAUGAGACCAGCUUCUAAACAUACGCCAGACCAGGACAAGAUGGUGUCGGCCUUCUACACUAUUCUCACCCCUAUGCUGAACCCUCUCAUUUACAGCCUCCGCAACAAAGAAGUGUUCAGGGCACUACAGAAGGUACUGAAGAAAAGAAAGUUAAUAUGA